GCACCCGCAGUCUCGCGUUCUCCGGAGCCCGCCGGGAGGUGGGGACAGGGGACCCGGGGGCCCGCGCACCCCCGGCUCGCCUUCCGCGCAGCCAGCAGAUGGCUCCCGGGCCCGCGCUCCCCCCGCGCUCCGUCGCCCCCUCUCCAGACGCAGGACCGGGGCGGUCGGGGAGGGAGGCCGCAGGGAGGGGCGCCCGCCCGCAGCCCCGCAGCCCCGCAGCCCCGCAGCCCCGCAGCCCGGCGCAGCGGCCUCCUCCCCCGGGCGCUCCGCGCAGGAGGCCGGCCCGGGACGCGUGCGGAGGCCGGCUCUCGCGAGAAAGCAUAAAGGAUGUUAUUGGCAGAAAGAUAAAAAUUGCAGUGAAGAAGAAAGUCAAGCUGGAAGUUAAGGGAGACAGAGUUGAAAACAAAGUGCUGGUGCUUACGUCCUGCCGAGCCUUCCUCGUGACGGCACGAAUCCCCACCAAGCUCGAGUUAACCUUCAGCUACUUGGAGAUUCAUGGUGUCAGCUGCGGCAGGCCCGCUCAGAUGGUCGUGGAGACUGACAAGCACAGCAUCUCCAUGAGGAUGGCGUCGCCCGACGACGUGAGCGAAGUGUUGGCUCACAUCGGCACCUGCCUGCGGAGGAUAUUUCCUGGCCUCUCUCCAGUGAGAAUCAUGAAAAAAGUCUCCAUGGAGCCCUCUGAACGACUGGCCAGUCUCCAGGCUCUGUGGGACAGCCAGACCGUGGCCGAGCAGGGGCCCUGCGGUGGAUUUUCUCAGAUGUACGCCUGUGUGUGUGACUGGCUUGGAUUUUCAUACAGAGAAGAAGUACAGUGGGAUGUGGAUACAAUUUACCUGACACAGGACACCAGGGAAUUGAAUUUGCAAGACUUCAGCCAUCUUGACCACAGGGACCUGAUACCCAUCAUUGCUGCUCUGGAGUACAACCAGUGGUUCACGAAGUUGUCUUCCAAGGAUCUGAAACUGUCCACUGAUGUUUGUGAACAGAUACUGAGGGUGGUGAGUAGGUCCAAUCGGCUGGAGGAAUUGGUGUUGGAAAACGCUGGACUUAGAACAGAUUUUGCACAAAAACUGGCCAGUGCUUUAGCGCAUAAUCCCAACUCAGGACUCCACACAGUUAACCUUGCUGGGAACCCGCUGGAAGACCGAGGUGUAUCCUCUUUAAGUAUUCAGUUUGCCAAACUCCCAAAGGGAUUAAAGCAUUUAAAUUUAUCUAAAACCUCAUUGUCACCUAAAGGGGUGAAUAGCCUUUCUCAGUUCCUCAGUGCCAACCCGUUGACCGCCACCACCCUCACCCAUCUCGACCUCUCAGGGAACGUCCUCCGCGGAGAUGACCUCUCGUCCAUGUACAAUUUUUUGGCCCAGCCAAAUGCCAUUGCUCACCUGGAUUUAUCCAAUACCGAAUGUUCCCUGGACAUGGUCUGUACAGCUCUUCUCCGAGGAUGCCUUCAAUAUUUAGCUGUGCUCAACCUCUCCAGAGCUGUCUUUUCUCACCGGAAAGGAAAAGAAGUGCCCCCCUCCUUCAAGCAGUUUUUUAGUAGCUCCUUGUCUCUGAUGCAGCUGAACCUUUCGGGCACCAAACUGUCUCCUGAGCCCUUAAAAGCACUGUUGUUGGGCCUGGCUUCCAAUCAUAACUUGAAGGGGGUCUCCCUUGAUCUCAGCAACUGUGAGCUGAGGUCCGCAGGUGCACAAGUGCUAGAAGGCUGCAUCGCCGAAAUCCACAAUAUCACCAGCUUAGACAUCUCCGAUAAUGGUUUAGAAUCUGACCUCUCCACCUUAAUAGUGUGGCUCAGUAAAAACAGAUCAAUACAGCACCUGGCGUUAGGCAAAAAUUUUAAUAAUAUGAAAUCCAAAAAUCUGACACCUGUGUUGGACAACUUAGUACAGAUGAUUCAAGACGAAGAAUCGCCUCUGCAGUCCCUGUCCCUGGCCGACUCGAAACUCAAGACCGAGGUCACCAUCAUCAUCAAUGCCCUGGGAAGCAACACCUCCCUGACCAAGGUGGACAUCAGCGGGAACGGAAUGGGGGACAUGGGAGCAAAGAUGCUGGCCAAGGCGCUGCAGAUCAACACCAAGCUCAGGACCGUGAUAUGGGACAAGAACAACAUCACCGCACAAGGCUUUCAGGAUAUAGCUGUUGCCAUGGAAAAGAACUACACGUUGAGAUUUAUGCCAAUUCCCAUGUAUGAUGCGUCUCAAGCCCUAAAAACAAACCCUGAGAAAACAGAAGAGGCUCUGCAAAAGAUAGAAAACUAUCUGCUCCGGAAUCACGAGACCAGGAAAUACCUUCAAGAGCAGGCCUACCGCCUGCAGCAGGGCAUUGUCACCAGCACCACGCAGCAGAUGAUUGACAGGAUAUGUGUGAAAGUACAGGACCAUCUCAACUCGUUACGAAACUGUGCGGGAGACGCCGUCCAGGAAGAUUUAAAAUCAGCAGAAAGGCUCAUGCGUGAUGCCAAGAAUUCUAAAACGUUGUUACCAAACUUAUACCAUGUUGGUGGUGCAUCUUGGGCGGGGGCCAGUGGCUCGUUGUCCGGUCCAAUUCAAGAGACCCUGGAAUCAAUGGCUGGAGAAGUCACGAGAGUCGUAGAUGAACAACUAAAGGUGCUGCUCGAGUCCAUGGUCGACGCUGCCGAGGAUCUGUGUCCCAACGUGAUGAAGAAAGCCCACAUCCGACAAGACUUGAUUCAUGCCAGCACUGAAAAGAUCUCCAUCCCACGUACCUUUGUUAAAAAUGUCCUGUUGGAGCAGUCUGGAAUUGACAUCCUUAACAAAAUUAGUGAAGUGAAGCUGACAGUGGCCUCCUUCCUGUCUGAUCGGAUUGUGGACGAGAUUCUGGAUGCGCUCUCACACUGCCAUCAUAAACUGGCUGAGCAUUUCAGCAGACGGGGCAGGACCCUUCCCCAGCCGGAGUCCUCAGAGAUUGAGCUGGCCGAGGAGAAGCCAGCCAAACGCUCCGUCCUCACGGCGGAGGAGCUCGCGGAGAUGGAUCAUUUAGAAGAUCUGGACGCUUGUAUGAUGACGCCCAAAUCCAAACGGAAGAGUAUCCAUAGCCGGAUGCUGCGGCCUGUUUCCAGGGCCUUCGAGAUGGAGUUUGACCUCGACAAAGCUCUGGAGGAGGUGCCCAUCCACAUCGAAGACCCGCCCCUCCCGUCCGCCCGGCAGGAGAAGCGGAGCUCGGGGCUCAUCUCCGAGCUGCCUUCUGAAGAAGGGAAGAAACUGGAACACUUCACCAAGUUAAGGCCGAAGCGGAAUAAGAAGCAGCAGCCCACCCAGGCGGCGGUCUGCGCUUCCAGCAUAGUCUCCCAAGAUGGGGAACAGAACGGCCUCAUGGGGAGAGUGGACGAAGGUGUGGAUGAAUUUUUCACCAAGAAGGUGACCAAGAUGGAUUCCAAGCGAUCGGCAAGAGGCUCCGAGUCCCAGGAGCUUGGUGAAGGAGGAGACGAAAAGAAAAAGCGAGAUUCUCGGAAAAGCGGCUUUCUCAAUUUAAUCAAAUCCCGGUCCAAAACGGAGCGGCCCCCGACGGUCCUGAUGACGGACGAGCCCUCGUCGCCCAAAGGGGCCAUCCGGAGUCCGGCCUCAGACACACCCAGGAAGGACACGAAGCCAGCGGAACACAAUGGCAGUUCUGAGCGGCUGGAGGAGAUGAAAACACCCGACCCCGUCGAGGAAAGUCCGGGGGAAGACGUGGGGAAGGCGGACCGGAGUGACAGCAAGGGCAGCCCACAGGCCGGGCGGAGGUACGGGGUGCAGGUGAUGGGCAGCGGUCUGCUGGCGGAGAUGAAGGCCAAACAGGAGAGGAGAGCCGCCUGGGCGCAGAAGAAGCUUGGGAAUGAUGCGGCGUCUCAGGAUUCUUCCGGCCUGGGCAGCACAGAGCGGUUGGAUGCAGGUGGGGCAGUGCCUAAGCCACACCCAGGUGUUCCGGAGAACCGCUUCGGUCUGGGAACACCAGAAAAGAACGCCAAAGCGGAGCCCAAAGUGGACACGGGUUCCAGGCCCCGGAGCUCGUCCAACACGCCCGCCAGCCCGAAGCCCCUGCCGCAGGCCCCCAAACCCAGCCUGGCGGCACGCCCCACCAUCCCACAGAAACCAAGAGCCGCCUCGCGGCCUGAGGACAUCCCGGACUCCCCAUCCAGCCCUGGCUCGUCGAAAAUUGCUCUUCUCCCACCUGUCCUGAAAAAAGUUCCUUCGGACAAGGAGAGAGAUGGGCAGAUUAGCCCCCAGCCCAGUCCCAGGACCCUUUCCCAGGAAGAAAACGUUCCUGAUGUGCUCCUUCCUAUUUUCUUGUACGUUAUUCAUGCUGGUUACUUCAUUUCCUUGUUCUGUGCCUCCCUUUGGACUAGCGUGCCCAACUCAUUUCUGAAACAGUUGCAAGGAGAAGCUGGGGCCAGCAGGCCCAGGAGUAUCCAGAACAGAAGCCGUGGUCCUCCAGUAGAGACGGCCACCGAGGCGGCAAAUCUAGCGACUCUGGGGAAGAAGCGGAGAGAGAGUUUAUUUUUGUGUAAAGGUCCCCGGUGCACAAGUCUCAGUGCAGGGCUGCUUUGUUAGCCGUUGGAGAGCAGUCAAGGGCAACGCUUCCUCCUGAGUUCUUCUCUCGGUGGUCUUUUCCUUUCCCUUCUUUUCUUUACUUGCCUUUUGAAAACAAACAGACCCAUUUGGGUUUUUUGGUGAUCAAAGUACAUUUGUUUCGUCUUCUCCCGACCCUCGGCAUUUGAUUCCGAAGCAUUCCUCCAUAUGCUUUUAGUGAAAGCCAGCAAUUAUUCCAUGGGCCCUACUGGAAUUUCUCGGAGGCAGCGACAGCGUGCCCCGCGAGAGGAGUUUGGGGAAGUAAUCCAAGCACCUGGACACAUCCUCACACGAGCAUCACCAUCGGCUGACGGUGGGGUACCGCUGCAUGGACCCGUGUCAGAUCUGCACUUGACUCGAGAGAGCGAUUUAUUCUUGAUGUAUGCAAUUGCACAUUGUAAGUAUAUUAACAGAGCACACUAAUAAAUAAUUUGUAUAAAUUAUAUAUAUUAGAUCUUGGCUAUGGUUUUUACGUUCUCCCCUGGGGAACUUCUUCCUUCCUGAUGUGGAACUGUCCACGUAAGUUUGGUCGGUGACCUUCGCGAUAGCAUCCAGGAGCCCAGUUAAGAACAGGGUGAAAGAGGCCCACGGCUGAUCUUACCAUGUGCCCGGAUUCAUGUACAUAGUUGAUCGGAAUGAGGUUUUAUGAAUAUUCAUGUUUUUUGAAGGCCUAUAAUUUCUGUCUGCAUAUUAGCUUUUAAUGUAUGAUUUUAAGAAUACUUUGACACCUGUAAAAAAAAUCAAAACACUACUCUUUUUAAGACAUUUCACAAAUAUUCACUUACAUUACAGGCUGAGGUAUUUUAUUCAUAUGUAUAUUUAUACCAAUAAAAUGAUUUUACAAGUGGAA